UUGCUCGGAAGCUCCAUGGCUGGUUUUGUGGUGAUUUGGUUUUUUUUGCUAGUGCGGUAUCUAAUUCGCUACUGUAGUGAGCGAGGGCGCGUUUCAGACAGUGCAUCGGACCCAAAUAAAGACACGGAGUGGAAUGACAUCCUGCGCAAGAAAGGUAUCCUUCCUCCAAAGGAAAACGUGGAGGAACAGGAGCGUGCAAAGGAAGAGGAGCAGUUUGCCAUCCUUCAGAAGUCUCUAGUGAAAACUUAUGAGGACAUGACUCUGGAAGAGCUAGAAGAGAAUGAAGAUGAAUUUAAUGAGGAAGAUGAGAAAGCUAUUGAAAUGUACAGGCAGCAAAGGUUAGCAGAAAUGAAAGCAGCUCAAAUGAAGAAUAAAUUUGGGGAAGUUUUGGAGAUUUCAGGAAAAGAUUAUGUUCAAGAGGUUACAAAAGCUGGAAAAGAUAUAUGGGUAGUCCUGCACCUCUACAAACAAGGAAUUCCACUCUGUGCCUUAAUAAAUCAACAUAUGAGCGGGCUUGCAAAAAAGUUCAGAGAUGUGAAAUUCAUCAAGGCUAUCUCUACCACCUGCAUUCCCAAUUACCCCGAUAAGAACCUGCCUACAAUAUUUGUCUACCUGGAGGGGGACAUAAAAGCUCAGUUCAUUGGGCCCUUAGUGUUUGGUGGCAUGAACCUGACAAGGGAUGAAUUGGAGUGGAAGAUUUCAGAGUCGGGUGCCAUCAAGACAGACCUUGAGGAGAACCCCAGGAAGCAGAUCCAAGACCAGCUCAUGUCUUCAAUCAGGGCAUGUGUCCCAGCCAGGGGAGAGAGUGACUCAGAGGAUGACUAAAUCCUGUGACUGCAUCAUGAUUGAUGCAGUACACUUGCAGGCAGUGUUCCCACCUCGAGCACUGGAGAUGAUCAUCAAGGCCUUGCUGAGCCCAAGAAGGGCAGCAUUUCAAGACAGUCAUUUAUCUAGAAACUUUUAGAAACUAAAAAAGCUUUUGUUUUCUAAAAAAAAAUUUAUUGCAGCUUCACUUAAGAUGCUGAAAGACAUUUUGUAUUAUGAAGCCUGAGUAAAUAUUACUUAAGUUUUGAAAUAUAGAAAUGAGUUGAAACAGAGGUCUCUUGUUGUUAUUUUCUUAGUAGAUGUCUGACUUAUUUAAAAAUCUGAAAUAUGAAGUGGCCUUAAGUACACUGUUUUUGACAAGCCUAAA